AAACCAGGAAGUAUAUUGUUGAAAGCCAGGAAAAUUAAAGCUUAAACUGCUUUUUGAACCGAUUAGCUCCAAACAAGGUCCAGUAAAUUUAAUAUUGACUGUAACAUUAAAGAAUGGAGGAUAUCCGUGCAGACAAAUCACAAGUUAUCCCUGAGGAAGACUUCAAAAGUGACACUUAUGUUCUAAGGAAACCAUGUUUGGUCAUGUUUUUUUCGCGUACUGUUCCAAAUGAUAUGGAGCAUGAUAAGGCAAAACGUUAUGAAAAGAAGACUGUUACUAUUGAAGACGGUAGCAGCACGUUGGCUAACGAAGAGGUAGAUGUUGAUAUUGGUACAAUCCAUGAUUUCUUAUCAGGAAUCUCAAGACAAACAAAAAUGAAACCGGUCUUUAAGUUGAUCCGGAAUCCAACACUAAAUAACAUAGACGACAAGUUAGGGAAGCUGAAGGAUAAAGGGCACGAGUAUGGUUCCUUCAUUUUCGUCAUCUGUUCAUACCUGGGUAACGAGGACGAGAUUGAAAUAUACGAUGGCUCAGUUUCAAUGGAUAACUUCUUCGACAAAAUAAAAUCAUUCGAAUCCAUGGCUGCAAAACCUAAGCUGUUCCUGAUACAAGUUGACGACAAGAAGCUCUUUCCAACCAAUUCUAUCCCAAAAGGUACCACUGCAUUUGCAACAAAUGUCGUAACAAAGAAAAUCCCCACCGACGCAGACAGAAUCGUCAUUUUUUCUACCAUACCACAGGUGUUGGCCAAUGACCAGCUACCUGCCAAACAGCACACUGAAAGCGGCCAGAAUGUAAGUCAGCCGUCGGAAGAACCAAAAUCUUCCCUGUUGAUCCAGGCUUUCAUCGAUGUGCUGACAAAGAAUGCGAACAUGGAUUUACUCAGCAACACCCCAUUUAUUAAUGGUAAAGUAGAUGAGCUAAUCAAAGAACUCGAGCUUGACAAAGUCGACAUCCCCGUGCCCCUUGUUACGUCGACACUCACCAAGCAAUGGUUUCUUGGAGGAAGUUCACACGUUUAGUUACGUCACAAAGACAAAAAACCUUUUUUUUGCUACGGACGUAUGAUGUACAUAAACCAGACAUCGUGAUAAUCAAUUUAUUUUUCUAUAUAGUGUAUUUUUGCAUUUUGUAAGAUCUAUAUCAUGGGCUUGCUUCAAUUGUUAUCAUUGAUAAAACACACAAAAGAAAAUGUCAAUUAACAACCAGAUUUAAAUAAGUUUUUGCAAUUAUAUUUGCAGUUUUAAAAUUUUGAAAUGUUAUUCGUCUACAAUUACAAAGUGACUUUGUAUUAAACUAAUAUUUCAUAUCUAUGAACGACAUUUAUAUACAAUAGUAAUGGUAAAAUACAUGUCAUAUGAUAUGUAAAUGUUCAUCUUGUACCGAAUGAUUGUAUUGAAUGUACUUCUAUUUACUACUACUACUACUACUACUACUACUACUACUACUACUACUACUACUACUAUUACUACUAUUACUACUACUACUACUACUACUACUACUACUACUACUACUACUACUGCUACUACUACUACUACUACUACUACUACUACUACUACUACUACUACUACUACUACUUGACCUUGUUCUUAUUCUUGUUCCAGUUCUUGUUGUUGGCCUUCUUCUUGGUCUUCUAGUUUUGUUGUUGUUGUUCUUCUUCUUCUUCGUCUUCUGCUGCUGCUGCUGCUGGUGUUAUAUAAAUAUAGAACUCAAAAGAAAAUAAAUAUUGGAAUGAUA